AUGCCCGCCUUAGCAUAUCCACCUUUCCCUGACGAUGUACCUACCCACCCGCUCCUUGUAAUUGAUUAUGAACUCAUCAAGGCUCGGGAUGCUGGAGAAAUAGAAAGAUUAUGGGAAGCUGGAACGAAACUUGGAUUUUGGUACCUGAAGAACCAUGGUGCAGACGAGUUUGUGGACAGAAUGUUUACGCUUGGGGCCGAGGUUAUGGCCUUACCGACGGAAGAGAAGAUGAAGUUCGAACAAGGAGAUGAUGGGAUGUCAUUUGGCUACAAAGCUGCGGGCGCAAACGCAGUCGACGCCACAGGGGAACGCGACACAGUUGAAUUCCUCAAUGUUGCAAAGGAUGACGCUUUGGCGUGGCCCAAACAGGCCAGAAGAGCGUACCCAGAGACAGUGAAUGCCCAAAUGCAUACGACGGUCGUACCAUUCGUCAAAAAGUCGCUGGAGGUGAAUAACACGCUUCUUGAGGUGUUUAACGAUCGACUUGGCCUCCCCGCCGGUACGCUCCUUCGCUUCCAUUCUGCUGAGGAGUAUAGUGGAAGUGAAGCUCGGCUCAUCAAAAACCCGCCCAUCUCUAAUCUAAACAAGCAAGCCAUUGGGAGCCACACUGAUUUUGGAACACUUUCGUUCCUUCACAAUCGCUUAGGAGGUCUCCAAGUAUUCGUCCCAGGUGCCGAGUCAUGGCAAUACGUUAAGCCUAUUCCCAACCACGCGAUAUGCAAUAUCGGUGAUGCAUUAGCUAUCUUCAGUGGAGGUAUCCUCCGCUCUAACUUGCACAGAGUGGUACCUCCGCCAGGCCAGCAGUCUGGACUUGAACGCUGGUCACUUGUGUUCUUUACGAGACCAGGCAACUCGUCCGUAUUGACGGCACUGACACAAGACAGUCCCACGAUCGCUGAAUCCGUCCGCUCAGCACCUCCUGGAAAGUAUGAAACCGGAUCUACCGCGUUCGAAUGGUUUUCUAGGAGGAUCAAGAACCAGCGUAUCAAUAACAGAAAAGGACCAGAAACCUGGAUGGCGAGUCGUGGAACAGAACAAAUCGAAGUUUGA